AUGGAAAAUCUGCAUAAAUUCGAGCACCAAGCUGCAGGACAUGAAGGCACGUUGACUGAUGAAGACGAAUAUUUGUUUUUCAAGCCUGUUUUAAAACAAGAGAUAGAUUUCUACAGUAAUCUGAAUAACCAACUUGCUGGUUCUGUUGAUGAUAAUGAAUUGAGUUUAAAGGACUGGAUACCAAAAUACAUUGGCCUUCUCACUGAAAAUGAUACAACAGGCCUAAAAAAGGAGAAUAUAAAUUAUGUAGUGUUAGAGAACCUUCUUCGUGGCUUCCGUAAACCAAACAUAAUGGAUAUAAAAUUGGGGAAAAUCCUAUAUGAUGAACAGACCGUUACCUUGGGUAAAAAGGAAAGGUUGAUCAAAGUAAGUAAUGAUACAACUUCUGGUUCGUUAGGUUUUAGAAUCUGUGGUAUGAGAGUAUAUAACUAUAGUACAGAGUUGGAUCAUUCAUAUAUGGAACUGGAUGAAGAUACCAAUUAUAUAACAAUAAACAAGUUUUAUGGCCGAAGUAGAACUAUUGAUAACAUAGAUGAAGCUAUUGAUCUUUUUUUUUCCAUGUCUAACCUAGAUGAAAAAAUAAAGCAUAAAUUGACUGCCAACUUUUUAUCCAGAUUACAAUUGUUAUAUAAUACUCUUUUGGAUUCCGAAGUGCGAAUGUAUUCAUCAAGUUUGCUAUUUAUAUAUGAAACAGAUCAAUCAAGAUGGGAAUUUUUGGAUUAUCAGGAUGAUAUCAUACCUGAUGAUAUUGAAGAUGAAAUUCUUGAUGAGGAUGAAACAACCUAUUGUAAAACCCUCAGCCGUUUAAACCUAAUUGAUUUUGCACAUUCAAGAUUCACGCCUGGAGAAGGACCAGAUGAGAAUGUACUGGUUGGUAUUGAAAAUUUGAUAAGGAUUUUCGAAAAAGAAAAAAAUUGUAAUAAGUAG